AUUGGCAUCUUGUGCUGAGCAUUUCGUUGCGGAUGUUACGUGUGUGUUUGUUGCUUCAAAGCAAAAUCCAAAAAAAAGCAGUCCGCUUGAGUUUCGUCUUUCGGUGUUUUCAAUAACGCGAUCGCAGCAAUAACAACAACAGCAACAACAAAAGUAUCUAAUUAAAAACAAACUGUGUGUGAUUGAAUCAGAAUUACGUGCAGCUCCAACAAGUCAUAACAAACACACCCAGUGCACCGGAGAGAGAAAUAGUUCAGAGAGUUUUGCAAAUUAAAAGGCAAAUUUAUUUAAAUUGACGCUAAUUAAGCUGGUCGAUUGCUUUAACCACGCGGUUAAUAAUUUUUUUAUUUGCAUUAAAUCUUGUGCAACUCCACAAAUAUUUUGUAUAAUACACUGAAGUUAAUUAAUAUCAUUCCAUCUCCCGCACUCCACUAGACUUCAUUAAUAGCUGUGAAGCUGGUUAAACUGUGUUUUGCGUGUGCCAAUAUCUGUGUGUGUGUGUGUGUGUGUGUGUGUGUGUGUGUGUAUUUUGGCCAGAAUAUUUAUUAUCAGACGCUAAAAGGAUUACGAACCCGUUCAUCUUCAUCAGCAUCCUCAAACCGAGCCAAAUAUUUGCGAACGUUUUAACAACGACGACUUUUGUCUGGGAUUUUUGUGCGCUUGCGGAAAUCUUCCAUUCGUUGCAGCAAAAAACUUAAGUUAUGAUGUCACAUCAGCAGCAGACACGUCGCCGUUUGGGCUCCGUUAGCGACUCGGCUCCGCCAUCAGAGUCCAGCGAGGGCACCGCCUCCUCGGAGCAGCGGGAUGAGCUCAUCCUACACCAGGAUUGGUCAGCACACUCCCAAUCCUCGGCACAGCGGAGCAGCGCACAUGGCACCACAUCGCUGUACAAUGCCUCGGACAUUGAUGCGGACACCAUUAGCACAGACACGAGCAGCAACACGAAUCUGACAGAGUAUGAGCGUGGACAGGUGGAGAGUUUCUUUGCGGGCCUCGGCACCGAGAUCUUUGUCAGUGGCGCUCUAGCUAAUCUGUAUGAGGGCACUGGCAAUGAUGGCGAUUGGCGUCUGGUUUUCACAGGCAUUCCAGUCAUACUCCAUGACAAGGGCAAUUCCCGGGCGAGAUCUAUUCCGAGGCUCACCCUGGUGCUGGCGGAGCGCGGCUCGUGCUUUGCCUUGUGGUCGGAUCGUGUCGAUAAUCUAUCCAAUUAUCGCAUUGCUGGACCCUCAUUCCACACGAUGUGCCUGUCCAGCAAUCAUCAGCAGAUGAUCGGUUUCAGUUUCGACUCGACGGAUGCUGCCCGUGAGCUCUGGCAGCAUGUGGAGCGGUUGGUCAGCGAUCCGGAGAACAUAGCCCUCUCAGCGCCCGGGCGCAAGCAGAAGAAACAGAAGCGAGUGAAGCCGGCACCAUUGCCGCCCAAAUCGCAAAUCUCGCAUCCAUGCCAGUUCCAUCAUGUGACCAGCGUGGUCAAGGAGGACAGUGAGCGAUACUACAGCAUGCAGGCCUUUGGUCCCAUCAAUUCCCAGCAACAGCAUCGUUGAUCAGGGUCGGGCGCGUGGAUCUGGAACACGAGCGCCCUAUGGUGGCAGAAUUAGCCAACCAACCAAUUCCCAUACACAAAAUCAAAAGUCCAGUCCCCCCUAAGCUAACAAAAUGAAUAUAAAAUUAAUAAUAUAUAUAUGUAGUUCUAGUUCAACAGUUGAGCUUCUUUAACUCGAACCAAAGCAAUUAGAGAAAAAUUUAAAAAAAAAAA